CGGAGAAGAAAAAAAAGUUCACUGCAUUUGAAAAUUUCAAAAUUUAAAGGCUGUCCCGCCCAGUUCUGCCCCACGUCGAAUCGGUCUUUCCCUCUUCGUGCGCCAGACCCUCUCAACUCACUUCUCCCUUAUCCAACACACACCAACCUUCACAAUGGCGGACGAAGUCUACGACGGUGCCAUUGGCAUCGAUCUCGGUACCACCUACUCUUGCGUUGCCAUCUAUGAGGGCAGCAAUGUCGAGAUCAUCGCCAACGAGCAGGGUAGCUUCACCACGCCCUCGUUCGUCUCCUUCACGGAGGAGGAACGCCUGAUUGGUGAGGCUGCUAAGAACCAGGCUGCGAUGAACCCCACAAACACCGUCUUCGAUGUCAAGCGUCUGAUCGGCCGCCGCUUCGACGACCCCACCGUCAAGAAGGACAUGGAGUCGUGGCCCUUCAAGGUUGUCGAUGACAAUGGCAACCCUAAGGUUGAGGUUGAGUAUCUGGGCAGCACCCACACUUUCUCCCCCCAGGAGAUCUCCGCCAUGGUUCUCACCAAGAUGAAGGAGAUCGCCGAGGUCAAGCUUGGCAAGAAGGUUGAGAAGGCCGUCAUUACUGUCCCGGCCUACUUCAACGACAACCAGCGUCAAGCCACCAAGGACGCCGGUGCUAUCUCUGGUCUUAAUGUUCUCCGCAUCAUCAACGAGCCCACUGCGGCCGCUAUCGCUUACGGUCUCGGCUCUGGCAAGUCUGCCAAGGAGCGGAACGUCCUCAUCUACGAUCUCGGUGGCGGUACCUUCGAUGUUUCGCUCCUGAACAUCCAAGGCGGUGUCUUCACCGUCAAGGCCACUGCUGGUGAUACCCAUCUUGGUGGCCAGGACUUCGAUACCAACCUUCUCGACUACUGCAAGAAGGAGUUCACGCGGAAGACCAAGAAGGACCUCUCGGGUGAUGCCCGUGCUCUCCGGAGACUUAGGACCGCUUGCGAGCGUGCCAAGCGGACGCUUUCUAGCGGUGCCCAGACCACCAUCGAGAUCGACUCUCUGUUCGAUGGUGAGGACUUCAACAUGCAGAUCACUCGCGCCCGUUUCGAGGAUCUGAAUGCCAAGGCCUUCUCUGGUACGCUUGAGCCCGUUGCCCAGGUUCUUAAGGAUGCGGGCAUCGAGAAGAACGCUGUCGACGAGAUUGUUCUCGUUGGUGGUUCCACCCGUAUUCCGCGCAUUCAGAAGCUCUUGAGUGAGUUCUUCGAUGGCAAGAAGCUCGAGAAGAGCAUCAACCCCGAUGAGGCCGUCGCCUACGGUGCCGCCGUUCAGGCCGGUAUUCUAUCCGGCAAGGCCACCUCGGCCGACACGUCUGACCUCCUUCUCUUGGAUGUCGUUCCCCUUUCUCUGGGUGUUGCCAUGGAGGGCAACAUCUUCGCGCCCGUCGUUCCCCGUGGUCAGACCGUCCCCUGCCUCAAGAAGAGGACAUUCACCACGGUUGCCGACAACCAGCAAACCGUUCAGUUCCCGGUGUACCAGGGUGAACGUGUCAACUGCGAGGACAACACCUCGCUGGGUGAAUUCACCCUGGCGCCCAUCCCUCCGAUGAAGGCUGGCGAGCCUGUCCUCGAGGUCGUCUUCGAGGUCGACGUCAACGGUAUCCUCAAGGUUACCGCCACCGAGAAGACCUCGGGCCGCAGCGCCAACAUCACCAUCUCCAACUCCGUUGGCAAGCUGUCUUCUCAUGAAAUUGAGAACAUGAUCAGCGAGGCCGAGAAGUUCAAGAGCAAGGACGAGGCUUUCAGCAAGCGGUUCGAGGCCAAGCAGCAGCUCGAGUCGUAUAUCUCCCGCGUCGAGGAGAUCAUCUCGGAUCCGACCCUCUCCCUCAAGCUCAAGCGGGGCCAGAAGGAGAAGAUCGAGCAGUCGCUGAGCGAGGCUAUGGGCCAGCUGGAGAUUGAGGAUUCCAGCGCCGAUGAUCUUAAGAAGAAGGAGUUGGCUCUCAAGAGGCUGGUUACCAAGGCCAUGUCCUCGCGGUAA